AUGGCCAUGAUCAACAGAUGGCAGAGAUCAUGUGGAGAGAGUCCGUUCUGUCGGUCGAUACGGGAUGAGGAAGUUGAAUUUGCAAAAAAACUGCGAGAGCUGCUAUCCACUUAUCUUUUCAGCGUAUGGACGGUGAUCUCCAACACUGCUUAUGAGUACCUGCCCACUUUACAGUGUAGUGUCCCGACGCAGUCUACAUACCUGGAUUGUGCCAAGAUAGUUAGAAAGACGAAAAAUCGUCGACAAAUAAAGAAGACAAUGAAAAGGUUAAAAAAUUUAAUUUGCGGAAAUGUGCUUAAAAAGCGUCGCGAUCAGAAUCUUCUUUUGGCCAUUUGGUUCAAUAGUGCCCGGACAAAAGAAAAUAAAGGCGCCAAAAAUUACGUGGAAAUCUCACAAACUCGGCGACCUAUCACCUUAAUCAUUGACAAUGCUUGGAAGCAUCGGCAAAAAACCUUCUACAAAGCAUUUGCUGAGUGUGGAAACGGAAUA